AUGGUGCUUCGCAGAGCACUACCACUACGUUUGUCGCAAUGUGUCUACCGGUCUUUCUCCCACAGCGCGGCCUCUCUCCAACUGAGUCCCUUCACGCGUCGUCUUUUUAAGCUGCCAGCAGCUCCCCCGCCAGCGUCGCUGAACCACCACGACCUGCCGUCCUUUCUCUCGUACGCGGAGAGAACGGGUCUUCCCGCCUCCAGCACGACCUACGUCGGAACUCACUACGAGUACACAGUCCUGCAGAGCCUGCGUCGUUUUGCCUUCGCGCUGCACCGCGUCGGCGGUCGUGAUGAUGCCGGUAUCGAUCUCGUUGGUACCUGGCACCUGCCACGGCGCGCGCAUGCACUCCGCGUCGUCGUCCAAUGCAAGGCGUUGAAGACGAAGCUAGGUCCGAAUCUGGUACGAGAGCUGGAGGGCGCAUUUCGGCAUUCCCCCGUGGGCUGGCGGACCAGUGAGAAGGUGGCCAUCUUGGUGAGUCCGAGAGAGGCGACGAAAGGGGUCCGAGACGCGAUGGCGAGGAGCGACUAUCCGCUGUUUUGGAUCAUGAUGGAGCGCGACGGCACCAUCCGACAGGCGCUGUGGAAUGGGAAGGUUGAGGCGCUUGGGCUGGGCGCUCUAGGGGUCGAGACGCGGUACCGCGAGCACUCGUCUGAUCCAGCACAGAAGGACAUCAUUUUGACGUGGGACGAUGAGGAGUUUCCCCAUAUGGACCGCGUCGAAGAGGACAUGGCCAAACAGGAAGCUGAAUGGGUGGCGACCUGGGGAUGCGAGCGCCUGUCGGAGACAGGCAAAGUUGAGUUAUUGGAGAUGGUGGAGACUGCAUUUCCUGACCUGGGUCCCGGACACGCCUUGGAACAAAUAGACCAGUCGUCUUUGGCUGCGAAGAAGGCUGAGUUUUUGGCUCUACUGGAGGAGAAAUCGCCCCGAUCAGGACAGGAGCCCAAAUAG